AGUUUAGAGAUUAUAUGAUACUAUAAAAAAGCAAAAAAAUUUCAUCAUAUUUUAGUGUGACGAAAAACAUUUAUUUCAAAGCGAUAUGUAAUUAGAGUUUUGUUGUUGUUCUUUUUUUUAACACAAGAGAAAGUGUGGAACACGAAAUCAAAAAGUGUGCGAAGUAAUUUUUUUUCUUUCCCAGAAAGGGGGUGUUACAAGGGCAAAAGGGUCGUCGUAAUUGUCGUUGUCGUGAUUUCGUAAAGGAAUUUGUCAUAUUUUGCGUGAAUCAUAGAUUACAAAUUAGAAUCAACAUGCUGAAAAGUGUUUAAAAAUUAAUAUUAAAUUACAUGAAAACAAAAUUGCCAACAAAAGGAUACAAAUAGAAAAAACUAAAAUUAUUUUAAAAGUGUGCAAUGAAAUAAUACUGAUAUUAUUGUUGUAAGAAGGAGUUUCAGCAAAACAGAUGCGCUCGCUAAUGUGGCAUUGCAGUUUUGGCGAACAAGGUGCAAAACAGGCGAAACAAAAGUGGUUUGUCAACUUGUGGCGUCGUCAACUGGUAGCCAAAUAACCAAACAACCAGCCAGCCAGUCAGCAGUCAACCCUGUACCUAAAGUACAGGAAUAAAAAAAAAUUAAAAAAAAUUUAAUUGAAAGAACUAAAGAAAAAACUACAAAUACGAAUUAAAAGAACAGUUGCAUUGCGUCAACAACGGUGGCUAGAAGGAGUAGUGUAAACGCAGUUAGUAUAACAUUUUUAAUUGGUCUCAUCAUCAUCAACAUCAUCGCCUAAAACUAAAUUCUGGAAGAAUAAAGCGACAGAAGAAAAACUUAUUUGUUCUUAAUUUUGGAUAUAUUACCUCAAACAUUGUUCGUUCAUUGUAAUUUCUAAAUUAUUAUUAUCAUGGCCACUGUGACGCGUAGUGCUAGUAACAGUCCCUUGAUAUCAUUGACUUCACCUUUGGAUCCUAGUUUGUUUCCAUUAAAAUCCAUCAAUGAUGUUGUUAAUUUUUUUAAACGUUCAUUGGAACUGUACCAUACACAAAAUGUGGAGCCCGAUUUGACAUUGUUAUCAAUUGUAGCUGGCUACAUUGAGUUGUCUCUAACGACUGGUGAUGCUGCUCAAGCAGCUGCUGCAUCAGCUGCCGAACAUGCCUCAGCAAGCUCAUCCUCAUCGGCAGUAACACCUUCAUCUUUGGUUGGUAUUGUGGGCAGUGGUUUAUCAGCGGCAGCACAUAACGAUAUAAUAACAGGAAAUUCAGUACCCUUUCCCGAAGUUACUUACGAGCUGGUGUCGGGUCUUUACAAAAAAUUUCAAAGUAUUCUUUCUAUAGUUGAGAAACCAAAAGUAUCAUCGACCUGCAAUAGCCGACAAGCUACUAGGGAAGUUAUUAAAAAGGUAUCAGAUGUUAUCUGGCAUUCCUUGAUACGUAGCAGUUAUAAAGAUCGUGCACACUUACAAAAUCUUUAUAGUUAUUUGUCUGGUAAUAAGCUGGAUUGCUUCGGUGUUGCUUUAGCAGUUGUAGCUGGCUGUCAACUCUUGGGCUAUAGAGAUGUGCGUUUAGCAAUAUCUGAGGAUCAUGCCUGGGUUGUAUUUGGCAAUAAACGUUUGGAAACUAUAGAAAUAACAUGGCAUGGUAAGGGCAGUGAGGAUAAACGUGGCCAGGAUAUAACUUCAGGCAUAGAAUCAGGUUCAUGGUUAUAUUUAGGAGGACUGGCAGUGGUAUGUGAUAAGCCCAUGGAGGUAGCAGCUAUAGCAUCGGCUAUAAACAUUUCUCUAUCGGCGAAUAGUGAUUGCGUAGAAGUACAAGAACUACAGCAAAGAUUAUUGUGGUUACUCUAUGAUAUGGGUCAUUUAAGAAAAUAUCCUAUGGCUUUAGGCACUCUUGGUGAAUUGGAAGAAAUAAAUCCUACCUCUAAACGAGUAACCUGUGAACAACUUUAUCGAGAGGCUAUAGAAUCGGCCAAGGCUCACUAUAAAAAUCAUCAUGUUUAUCCCUAUACCUAUCAGGGUAACUAUUUCAAUCGUCUAAAUAAGUAUCGUGAAGCUUUUGCCGCUUGGGCAAAUGCGGCCGAUGUUAUACGUUUGUAUACGUAUCAGUGUCGUGAUGACGAAGAAAUCUACAAAGAACUUUUGGAUAUAGCUAAUGAAAUGAUACCGUAUGUUAUGAAAACCGAGAGUUCUGGUCAUUCGGCUCGCAGCAUAUUACGAGAUUCUGAAGUAUUUGCAAAUCUGUUAAGAUUUUAUGAUGGCAUUUGUCAGUGGGAAGAGGAUAGUUUAACGCCUAUUCUACAUAUUGGUUGGGCUAAACCGCUGGUGAAUAAUAUAUGUAAAUUUGAUUAUGAUGUACGCUCUCAGGUUGUUAUUAAGGUACCCGAAGAUGAACCGCAGGCGGUUCGUGGUUCGAUUGCACAAACAACAACUGAACAACAACAUCGUGAUCAUGAUGAGAAUACAAAUGAGGCUAAAGCACAAAAGGUGAACGCAGGUGACAUGAGUUCGACACAGCAUAUCGAGGGAAAUAAUAAUUUAGUUAAAAAAGAAGAGAAAUCCAAUGAUGGUAAAAAAUGUGAAAUGCCAACAACAUUGGCCGAUUUAACAGCAGCAUGUGGAGAAAAAAUCCUAAAUCCCGACUUUCUACUACAAGGUGGCGGACAACCAUUUGCAGAACAACAAAAACUUAACAAUCAACAUGAUGAGAACACCAAUGGUACAGAUAAAAAAGCAAAAGCUCCGAAAAUUGAGACAACAACAACAUCAUCAUCAUCACUAAACGAGACAACAACAAAACCAAACUCUCUAACGGACUGUAAUAUGAGCAAUACGCGAACGGAACAAUCAUCAUCAUCGUCGUCGUCGACGUCAUCAGCAUUAAUACAAACUCUGACGACAGCGCCAUUACCGACACCUGUGAUAGACGAAGAAGAUCCUUUACACUAUAUGUUCAAGAGACCAGUUAUAACGUUGUAUAGUCAAAAAAUGAAGGGCUUAAAAGAUUUGUUAUUGGCUGAGAAACUAAAUACACAUGCGAUAUCGCUGCAAGUUACCGCACAAUCGGUGGCAAGCAAAAAGAUUCGAGGCGUUGAUAAACUAGGUAAUCAUACUACAAAUUCAACAUAUUCAACAGUUAAUCUAUCAAGUACUACAGAUUCCUCAACAGCGGGCGAUUCAAUUGCAGUUUCAAGGCCUAAACGUACACGAAGGGAAUGAGUUCAGUGUAAUAACUGCUGCUGUGACAGCGGGCUGUGCCAGUGGCUUUUUAGUGAAAUUACAAAUCGAGGCAAAAAUAAGGCUAGAAUUUUUUUAAGGAAUCUAUAGGGGUGUGGGUAUGUGUUAAUAAUGAAUUUAAGUUUGCAGGAUUUAAAGAAAGAGAGAGAGAAGGUAAGACACUUUUUAUUUUCUUUAAACAUUUGUAUAGAUUGUUAAAACUAUUGGGACAAAGGAGUCUAAUGAAAAAUUUGUUAAAAGAAUUGCAAAAUUUAGACAUUUAGAUUAAAAAGAAAAAGAAAAAAAUAGAAAUAUAUUAAGUUUAUUUCCUUAUUUUUCCAUUUCUAAAAACUUUUUAUUGUAACGCCUAGCGUUUUCUAUGUUUCAUUACAAAAGAAAACAUAUUUUAUCUUUAAGACACUAGAAAUAAAAAAGCAUUUGCUUUAUAUUUUUCUCUAAAUGCUUUUUCGUUAGCCAGUGCACUUUUUCUUUUUUUACAUAAUAUUUUUGUUUAAAUUUACUAUAUAAUUUAAGAAAAUAUAUAUACAAUUUAUUUAUCUUUCCAUGAUUUUUAUGGUGCUCACUUUAUUUUUACCUUUUAUGACACAAAAUUUACUAUAUCCUAUUAUAUGUUUUAGAUUUUUUAUAUUUGUUUACGUUUAAACAUAACGAUUAUUUACUUACACCCCCUUAUUCAUAAACAACAUUUUGAUUUUAUAAAAGGUUUAUAAAACAAAAUUUUCAUACGAAAUUUGAUUUUUAAAUCGUUUAUAAAAUAAAAAUUUGUUUAUGAAUAAGGGGGUUAAACUCAAAAGCGCGAUAAAACCUAACUGAGUAUAAUGAAUUAACUAAUUAUAUCAGAAUCUUUAAAUUUUUAACUGUAUUCAAGUAAAUAAAUACAGUUAAAUGAUAUAUUCUUAAUUAUGAUUAUUUAUAACUUUAAACAGAUUUAAAGCUUUGUUUGGAUAUCUUCGUCCACCAAAUUAUAUAUUGGCCUAUAUUGAGCUAUUCUGCAUUUCAAUUUGAAUUGAAAUGGUCACGCCUACCUUUUAAAGGCAUUACCCCCAAAAAGAGAGUAAAUGUUGAUAAUUUCUUUUGGAAUUAUAGUUAGAUAGAUACUGAUCUUUUGUUUUAUUUGUUCACGAUCUAAAAUGUCUCGCUUUAACCUGAAUAAGGUUAAACCAGGUUUAACCAAAUAAUGAAGAUUAUCUUUAUCUGAAAAACUCGCCCUUAGGAAGACUUUAAACGGUUAUUGUGUUUUUCAGUUAUUGAUUUAGGAUCAGUUAACUGUGUUAGUAUUCCCAGUUUUUUCAACAAUGAACAGCUGAUUUUUGCAAAUAUUACUUUUGUCAGUCGUAAUUUAGGUCUGAGUAAUCCCGGUUAUUUCUUAAACAAGUUUAGGCUUGUGUUUGUUGCCUGGCUUUCGACAGUUUUGCGUCUCGCUCGCACUGGUGUAAUGUAUUACUUCAUAUAACUGUUCAAAGUUAUAUGUUGUCUACAUUAACCUCGUGAUUUCGUUUUACCUCAAGUGAGAUUAAGUUUUAUUGGUGGAGACCAUAAAAUACUCAAACGUUUAUACCCUGGUGGAGACCAUUAAAACUCAACUGUUUAAACCCUGGUGGAGACCACUAAACUUCAACUGUUUAUACCCUGGUGGAGACCAUUAAAACUCUUGAAAUUUAUUAGUGGAGUACCAUUAACUUAAGCGUUUAAAGGUUUCCAGCUUCCUAGAUGAAGAUAUAGGUCGACUUGGAGGAUUCCCUUUAAACCAACGUGGGACACCUUGGCAUUUUAUGAGCUCGGCCAACAAUUCAAAUAAUCAAAAAAAAAAUAUUACUUUUGUAAAAUGAAACGGGCUGCCUACAAAUUGCCUCGGAACAACACCUGCACGAGGAAACGAAGGUCCUCCCAGUCAAGGAACAUAAUGUGAUGUUGACCAAACAGUUCUUUCUGGGAUGUCAUCGGAAAAGUAAUCCCAAUUUUAGCAUCACACAGUUGGAUACUCCACCGAGGCAUGUCGGGAAGGAUCUUCGUAUAUACGAGGGAAACAUAUGCUUAUAUGUGCAGGAUCUACUGGAUCAUUCCUCGUAUUCGGCAGCUUUGAACGAUAUUCAUAGAGACGCCUUAAAUUCCGCGGUUACAGGAUACCGCAUGAAUGUCGUACUUGAAAGUCGCCCAUAGCAGACACGGAAGAAAACCUGACCAGCUUACAUUUUCUUCACUUAGGAGGAAGCUUUCUGAUAGACCACAAGUAAAAAUGUCCUUAAUAAGCUUUCCCUAAACAUGCCAAAGGCACAUGUGCCGCUGUAGUAAUUGCGUACUGUGACGAUGUGUAAAAAAUUAAUUCCUAUCUAUAACUGUAUUAAUUUGGGGUAUAAAAAUUGGUGUUUAUUCUCCCUAAAGUUCCUUUUAGUUCUCUUCUGACCCGGUUAUAUCUCAUACUACAUUCUUUGUUUACAUUAAACCUAGUUUAAUCUAUGUGUUGUGUUUUUCAGUUUAACUUAGGGCGGGUUUCUUACUCAUCAGUUAAACUAGGCUUAACUUGCUGUUAGAUUAAACUCGGAACAAA